AUGAAAAGAAGCUCAAAAUCAUGUGAGAUUCACCAUGUUAUACAUUCUGCCGUUAGUAAUAAUUAUUUUGAAAUUACAGAACUACUUUUAAAACAUGGAGCUAAAAUAAAUAAAGAAAAGAAUGAUUAUAAAGCUUCACUCCUACAAAUUGCAGUUGAAAACGAUAAUAAAGAAAUCACAGAGUUUCUUGUUUCCAAUGGUGCUGAUGUUAAUUCAAAGAAUGGUGAAGGCAAAACUCCUCUUUUUUAUGCAGUAGAAAAUGAUAACAAAGAUAUUGUCGAAUUUCUUAUUUCGCAUGGAGCUGAUGUUAAUAUUAGUGAAUUGAUAAAUGGAAAAAUACCAAUGCAUUAUGCAAUCGAUAAUAAUAAUAAUAAAGACAUAGUUGAAAUUCUUGUUUCUCAUGGAUCUAAUGUAAAUAAAUAUAAUAUAAUUCACAUGACAGUACAAAAGGAUAAUAAAGAUAUUGUUGAACUGCUAAUUGCACACGGUGCAAAUCCUCAUCAAAUAAACCUUUUUGGUAAAACUCCAUUUCAAAUUGCAGUGGAAAAUCAGAAUUUUGAAAUUAUGGAACUUCUUCUUUUAAAUGGGGCAAUCACUUCAUAA